GAAUAUAGUACUUUUUUUAUACUUUUAUAUUCCUUACUUUUUUAUCUGUCUUUAUCUUACUCUAUGCUAUGAGUUCCGUCAGGUGAGAAUAUACUUGUGAUGAAAAUUUUAUAAACAAUAAAUUUUAUUGGAGUAUUACGAGAUAGUACAGCGUCAAAAUGGAUGAUAAAUAUGAAACGAUAAAGCUUUGUUAUACUGUACAUAAAUUUUCAAGCUACUCCGCAAAUUACAUACCAGAAAAUAUUAUGGUAAACAAUCCCUCCGAUCAACUCUCACGAUGGUUCACAGACAGUACAACUCCAUCACAGUUUAUCUUGUUGAAGUUAAAAUCACUAUCUAUAGUGGAGACUAUAAAAUUCGGAAAGUAUAUAAAGGCACAUGUCAGUGAUCUCAAGAAAUUUCAAAUUUUUGGUGGCACUGAUGAAAAUAAUCUUUCAUUAUUAUUGUCAGCUGGACUGAAAAAAAACAGUGCCCCAGAGACAUUCAGGUUAAGACACCGAACUGCAGAAGGUCUAUAUUUACCAAUAAGGUAUCUUAAAAUAGUACCAAUACAGUCAUGGGGGCCUGCUUAUAAUUAUACCAUAUGGUAUGUGGAGCUGCAAGGCAAGAAUCAAGACGAAUUCAUAAGCACAGUAAUGGAGACUAUUAACUUGCGAAAAGAAGAGGAAGCAGUGCGAAUUAUAUUAAAGCAUUUACGUACACGUCGCUAUAAGGAUGCGUUUGAAGCACUCUCACGCGAGAGCGGCGUGCAAUUGGAAGGAGCUUUACAGGCUCGUCUAUGGACUGCACUUGUUGAAAAUGGGGACUAUAAUCUUGCUGAACAGAUACUGGAAGAGGCUUACAAUGAGGGCGAGUUCUCGUGGUACGAAUCGUGGCAGCCGUAUAAGCCGGAGUGGCGCGAGAUGUCGGCGUGCUCGUCGCAGGUGGAGGAGCGACUGUGCUGUGCCGAAGGCGCGCCGCCUACGCCCGCGCGCAUGCCCGACCCGCAGCUGCUGUGCGUCGACCGCGACCCCGCCGAGAACACGGGCAUGGGGGCGGGUGUAGAGUCGACGGCGGAGGUUGGUGAGGCGGCGGCGUGCGAAGCGGCGUGUAGCGCGGGCUGCGGCGGCACCUGCUGCAGCAAACCUGGUCCACGCGGUGGACAUCAGCUCGUCGUCGACGCCACCACCGGCACGCUGUACUUGUUCGGCGGGUGGAACGGCACGGAGGACCUAGACGACCUGUGGUCGUUCUGCACGGCGAGCGAGCGCUGGGCGCUGCUGUGCCGGCACAGCGGCCGCGCGGGCGGGCCGGGGCCGCGCUCGUGCCACAAGAUGGUGCUGGACCCGCGCCGCCGCCGCCUCUACACGCUCGGCCGCUACCUCGACACCGCGCACCGCACGCUGCGCAACAUGAAUAGCGACCUGUACGUGUACAGCGUGGAAGAGGGCGCGUGGUCGCUGGUGUGCGCGGACACGGCAGCGGUGGGCGGCCCGCGGCUCGUGUUCGACCACCAGAUGUGCAUCGACGCCGACACACAGACCAUAUACGUGUUCGGCGGACGUGUGCUGCCCACUAACACAGAUGAGGCGGUGAUUCCGCAGUACUCCGGGCUCUACGCGUACUACAUCGCGACCAACACGUGGCAAUUGUUGCUCAGCGACAAGAUCGACCCGACGGUGCCGUCGCCGCAGCCGCGCGUCUCGCACUCGAUGCUCUUCCAUCCUGUGCAGCGGCGGCUGUACAUCUUCGCUGGGCAGCGCAACAAGGAGCACCUGGUGGACCUGUGGUGGUGGGACGUGGGCUCGGGCGCGCGCCAGGCGCUGUGCCGCGCGGCCGCCGGCCCGCCGCCCGCCGCCGGCUUCACGCAGCGAGCCACGCUCGACCCCGACACCGACGAGAUGUUCGUGCUCUCGGGUAUGAGCAAAGAGAAGGACAAGCGUGUGUAUAACACGCUGUGGGUGUUCUCGCUGCGACGAAUGACGUGGACGUGCGUGUACCGAAACGACCGCGUGUCAGCCAACGAGCCGCGGCCCAGAUUCGCGCAUCAACUUGUAUAUGACCCAGUCAGAAAGGUGCACUACCUGUUCGGCGGCAACCCGGGCAACCCGAGUAGUCCGCGGCUGCGGCUGGACGACCUGUGGGCGCUGCGGCUAGUGCGGUGGUCUGCGGGCGAGGCGGUGGCGACAGCGCGCGCGGCGCUACGCGUGGCGCGCUACCGCGAGCUGGCCGCGCAGCCCGCGCGCGCCGCCUGCGCGCUGCACUACCUGCGGCACCGCGUCGCGCCCGCGCUCGACCACUCCGACCCGCGCCAGGUGCGCUCACACACGCACAUACACGCUGCACUACCUGCGGCACCGCGUCGCGCCCGCGCUCGACCACUCCGACCCGCGCCAGGUGCGCUCACACACGCACAUACACGCUGCACUACCUGCGGCACCGCGUCGCGCCCGCGCUCGACCACUCCGACCCGCGCCAGGUGCGCUCACACACGCACAUACACGCUGCACUACCUGCGGCACCGCGUCGCGCCCGCGCUCGACCACUCCGACCCGCGCCAGGUGCGCUCACACACGCACAUACACGCUGCACUACCUGCGGCACCGCGUCGCGCCCGCGCUCGACCACUCCGACCCGCGCCAGGUGCGCUCACACACGCACAUACACGCUGCACUACCUGCGGCACCGCGUCGCGCCCGCGCUCGACCACUCCGACCCGCGCCAGGUGCGCUCACACACGCACAUACACGCUGCACUACCUGCGGCACCGCGUCGCGCCCGCGCUCGACCACUCCGACCCGCGCCAGGUGCGCUCACACACGCACAUACACGCUGCACUACCUGCGGCACCGCGUCGCGCCCGCGCUCGACCACUCCGACCCGCGCCAGGUGCGCUCACACACGCACAUACACGCUGCACUACCUGCGGCACCGCGUCGCGCCCGCGCUCGACCACUCCGACCCGCGCCAGGUGCGCUCACACACGCACAUACACGCUGCACUACCUGCGGCACCGCGUCGCGCCCGCGCUCGACCACUCCGACCCGCGCCAGGUGCGCUCACACACGCACAUACACGCUGCACUACCUGCGGCACCGCGUCGCGCCCGCGCUCGACCACUCCGACCCGCGCCAGGUGCGCUCACACACGCACAUACACGCUGCACUACCUGCGGCACCGCGUCGCGCCCGCGCUCGACCACUCCGACCCGCGCCAGGUGCGCUCACACACGCACAUACACGCUGCACUACCUGCGGCACCGCGUCGCGCCCGCGCUCGACCACUCCGACCCGCGCCAGGUGCGCUCACACACGCACAUACACGCUGCACUACCUGCGGCACCGCGUCGCGCCCGCGCUCGACCACUCCGACCCGCGCCAGGUGCGCUCACACACGCACAUACACGCUGCACUACCUGCGGCACCGCGUCGCGCCCGCGCUCGACCACUCCGACCCGCGCCAGGUGUCGCGGUUCCAGAAGCUGGCGACAGCGCUGUUCGAGGGCGCGGGCGCGGGCGCGGGCGCGUGCGAGUGCGGGUGUGGCGGCGCGGGCGGCGCGGGCGGCGCGGGCGAGGCGUGCGCGUGCGGCGCGGGCGCGCGGCCGCUGGACGCGCGGCGCGUGCGCGCGCUGGCGCGGCGCCGCGCGCACCUGCCCGCGCACGCAGACCUCGCGCACGCGCUGCAGGCGGUACUGGGUGCGGAAGAAAUACCACCGGAGCCGCCGACGCCUUUCGAGGAGGUGUCGGUGCCGCCGCCCGACACGUGGGACGUGGGCGAGGACGCGGACGAGGAGCCGGCUGCUGCCGCCGCCGCCGCCGCCGACACCCGGCGCCGCGCCGCGCGCAUGCGCCUCUACGACCGCCUCGCCAACUACUUCCGGCCCAGCACCGUGCCUCCGGCCGGGGACGUUAUGGACCUCGUGCAACUAUAACUCGCAGCCGCUCAAUACUCGCCAGCGACAACGGUAUGAACUUUACGCUACGUCACUUUAGAAUUCUUUACACGUUACAAAUCUGUCUCUAUGGGCGCGUUAUUAGAGACUCCAGCAUCGUGCCAUUACAUAGGAAUUUUAUGGACCUCGUGCAUCUCGUAUUGUGACGUGACCACUCCGCGCUGACGGCGACAGGUAUAACUUUAGGUGACCUUACUCCACAACUCUGGCGCAAGCGUCAACAUGCUCUAGUUCCAUAUGUCUCAAUUGUUUGCUUCUACGAAUUCCUUGUUUACUUCCGGCCUUCAAUAGCUAAAGUUUUUACAACCACAGAAAAAUGGCAGUAAAGUAUUAUGUCUUAUACUUAUUACUACUGUUUAAAUUUUCAACAUGAAUUUGACUUAUGUUAGGAUAAUGGUUUAUUAUAUAUACUAAAUAUAAAAUCGAUCAGUUAACUCUAUUAUUUUUAUUAUAUUUCGUUAAGCUGAGACCUAUAUGUAAAACAUGACAUGCAGUUUGUCUCUUAAGUAUUUUAAUUCGUCGAUAAUACAACUAUUGAUACAAUAAGGAAUUGAAACAUAUACAUGUAUCAAUUGAAUUAAUAUAAUUUAAAUCUAGUUAAGUCAUCUAUGUGUAUACUUCAAAAAUUAUUUAAAAUCACUCGGCACGCCACUUUAGCCGUGUUUUAUAUUAUUAAAAAAUACUAGAGAAGAUUGUAAAAUUUUCGUAGCUCUUUUCACUAUUAGUAAUCGUUGUUUUUACUUCUUAUAGUUAUGUAUACUAAAUAAGAAUAGUUAAUGUAACUAUUGGUUAUUAUUUCUACUUACACAAAAUGUAUCCAUGACGUCAGACGAAAUUUUUGAAAAAAAAAAAAAAAAUAUAUAUAUAUAUAUAUAUAUAUAUAUAUAUUCUUAAAAAUUUCGUUGAUAUUCUUUCAAUUCGAUUCACUAAGUGUAAAAUGAAGCAUUUCAUAAAUAAAAAAUAAGUUUGUUACUAGAAUUAUUGUGUUGGUAGUAAUACUCUCGUAAAUGUUACAGUGCUUAUAUAAUCUUAGAAAUAAGGACUCUCGAUAACAGAUAAUUCUAAAUAAUGCCAGUGUGUAAUCACAGUUAGUUAUACUAUUAUUAUAUUUCUACAAAAAGUAUUAAAAUAUCCAUUAUUUAUAACACUAAACUGACGAAUUAAUUAAAAAGGACUUUUAUAAUUUAUUGUAGUAUAGUUAAACAUUAAAUACUAUUUUACCGUUACGAUAUAGUAGGAGAGUAAACGUAGGCAGAAAAGAAAUAGAGAAAUGUAUACAAUUAAAGCGUCUCCACGCUUUUAAUACCUAUAUACAAACAUACAUACAUAUUUGUCACGCCUGUUUCCCAUUAAAGUAGGCAGAAACAAUGGAACGCCAAAUGCUUCGAAUCAAACAGGCCUCUUUCAUUUCCUUUACACUCAUCAAUCUUUUCAUACACGCUCGGCGGUUACGAAUACAUUUAAUUUGGCACUUUAACACCUCGCAUGUUCAGUAGACAUAGGCUAAGGGUAGAAGUUUUACAAGCGUCUUAAUGAAAUUCCCUAUAUUUUGUUUUCCUAUUCUAUCGUGACAGUAAAAUAGUAAAACAUUAUUACAUUUUAUCAUAAUAUUACGUUCGCAUGAAUUAUGUUACGGUGUUCACUGUAAAUAGACUAGUCUUUUUUUUUCUUAAUUCGUAAUCUAUGUAAUGUUAUUUUGACAUUACGUUCAAAUGAUACAGAUCAGUCAUCAGCUUUAAUGAUAAUUAAUUAAUGUAAUUAAACUUUUAACUAUAAUGAAAAUAUUAUUUAAAUAUUUUGUCAUUAAAUUUGUCACAGCGUAAAGCAGAGAGAGGGUCGUGUAACGGGAAAGAAAUUUAAAUGGAUUUUUUUAUUGUGCUGGAUAAAGUUUAGGUUAUAUUUAAAUUAUGAUUUGAAAUAGAUUUUAAUAAUAAAUAUGGUAUAAUAAAUAGCCAUUGUCAAUGUGUGUAGUUAAUUUAUUAAUUCGAAAUUAUACAUAUUUGCAAUUGAUAAAUUAAGCUAUGACCAUAAAUUUAUUUGUACCAGUAAAUGGACACAAUGGCAGGGUUAAAAUGACUACUUUAAAGGAAUCAUAUAAUUAUGUUUGUUUAUAACACUUUACUGUACAGUAGUCUGCAAUUAUAGGAUAUAGAGUUCUUAAGAAAAGAAUGAUACAGUAGCGGAAUUAUCCCAUAAAAGGGACAUUAUGUUUUAUUUCGUAUAUUUAUUUAGUGGAAUUACGAGUAUAUUUUUUAGAUUAUUAACGCAGCUUUAUCAGCUGGUUUGUAAGAUUAAUUAUGAUUCGUUUAAAGUGGUUUUUUUAACCUCCAUAACCGUUGCGUUAGGAACCCGUCAUUUGCAUAUGACGACGACUAUUAGCCAGUGCCAAGGUGUUUAUAUAAAAAAAGAAUUUACUUAUUAACAUUAUAUAAGUAUAUAUACAAAGUCCAAGCUUCAUACAGCCAGUGAGGGAUCUCAGUUCAUCAGUUAUGACGUAAUAUAAUAACUUAAAAUCCAAUAUUAUAUAUAUAUUUCAUUAAAUAAAAACAUUGAUUUGUUCUAUGAUAACAGUUGUUACAGGAAAGUAAAUCUAAUAAUCUCAAGCAUGAAAGUCGAGUUUUAUAUUAAAACUGUCAAAUUUCAUACUUGAGAUUAUUAGAUUUAAAUAUAAUUUAUUAAUAUAUUUUAUAAAACAUGUAAUUAAAGAUUGUGUCCUACAAGAAAAAAAAAACCUACUUCAAUUGUGAUAAAACUACUUAAUGUGAUUUAGAAACUAAACAACUGAAUCGAUUUUAAUAAAAUUUAUAUUGUGAUCCCAUAAUAAAUAAUCUGUAAGUAUAUCCCAAUGAAAACUAAACCUAUCCCACAAGGGAGCUUAUGUGUGCAUUGGCAAAUAAUACCAGACCAGUGCUUAAGUUGGGACUUUGUUUGUGUACUAAGGACCUGCGCAAACCAGAAGCAAUACUCAGCGUAGUUUUUGAUCCUUUCGAAAUAAAAUACACUGAGUUGCAUUGAAUAACACAACAGGGAAUUGUGUCCACAACGGAUAAAAGUCCGCAAUCGAAAUCAGUCAAAUCGUCUGUGCAGGUCCUAUAUAUAUACAAACAUUUUUAAAGACGAUAAAAUUAUAUACCUAUUUUGACCACAAUUUUAAAUGUAUAUGAAUACACGAGGGCUUACGUAAUAAGGGAGUGCUUCAAAAAAAUAUACCUAUAUUUAUACAGAGUGUAGUUGGUAUAAGUAUAUAAGUAGGUAAGCUAUACGCUGUGAUAUUGUGGUAUCUAUGUUUUGGUAAUAUUCUUAUAUAAUAUCUAAUGCCUAUCUUUACUGUAAAUAAAAUAAAAAUUAUAAUAAUUGUCUUGAUAAUUUCUUAUAUUGUAUAAUGCAUAUAAAGUAUACUCAUUCAUUCAUUCGUUAAAUAAAAAAAAAUUAAUAAUCUACCUUCAAGACUUAUAAUUAUGUGUCUCAGCUAGUGCCGAGCGCGAUUUCAAUUACUGUAUUUUUUUAUAUUUGAUAACAUCGUAAUUGGAAACACACUACCGGCGUGAAACUAAGGGAUUUUUUAAUCUAAUCUUUAUUUAAUUAUUUCUAAAUGCUGUUUAUACUAUUUGUACUCUUACAGCAUUACUUUAUAUGUAUUUAAAGAGGAGGCUUGAAAUUGGAUUGUUAAAUAAUUGUUAAUUGAUUUUUAUUGUAUUAUAAUAAUUAGGACGGCGCGGCGGCGAGCACUUGUUUACAGACUGUGAUACGAUGUUAUAGUCAAUAGCGUGUAAUGAGUAUUUUCUCUUAGUCUUGAAUCUCGAAUUAGACGCUUGAAAUAGGUAUGUUUGAUAUACUUACUUAUAAACGCUUCAAGUUGUUUCAAUUCAAACCACGACGUUAAGAGAAUAAUUAAUAAUUGAAUCAUAUAAUUAAACAUUAAAUACGUAAAAAAAAAUGUAAAUUAUAGUACAUUUAGCGAGCUGUUAUUUUGUGCAUGUCAGCACAAGAAAACAAUAUUUUUAAAAGUAUUUUAAUAUUUCGAAUACUUUGAACAACAGCGUCUAGCUGUUAUGCGUGGCAACUACUGAAACAGCCCUCCCUUUGGAGGAAGCCUAUGUUCAGCAGUGGACAGUUAACGGCUUAUAUGUUGAUAAUGAAUUAUAAAAACGGGUAACUAGGUCUUCGAUAUACCUGGAUAUUUAUUUAAAAAAAUAAAUUAUUGCAACAAGCAGUUUAUAGUAAAAUUAUUUGUUCUUAAGUAUUCAUAUGUGUGGUGGCAAAUUUUGUUUCAUAGUAGAUAUAAUAAUAUACUUUUUAUAAAAUAUUAAAAGAAUGCGCUACUCGAUAAUGAAUCACAUGUAAACUUAUUUACGAUUUUCAUCUUAGUAAAAUUUAAGUCUUUAAUUUUAAUAAAAUUAAGAAUACAUCUAAAAAUAUGUUAUACUCCAGAGCCCCCUAGUGUAAAUUGUUCUUAUUUACGUUACUACUAUGAAAAGCUAGUUUUAGUACCGUUAUCGACGUGAAUAGUUACGAAGUAACGGAAUUUGUAUUCAACUUACACUAGGAACUCGGCAACGUUGAGAUUACCAGUAGACCAAUGUAGCCCGGUAUGAUCGAAGCCUUUGUAAAUAUGCAUUUUAUACUGUAAGAAUAACUUAUAAUUAUUGUUUGACCUUUUAACACGGAAAGUAUUCUCAGUCUGUAUGUAUAUAAAUUAAUAAAUUUGUUAUUUACCCAUCAAAAAUGUAAACGUCUUUUAUUAA